AGAAAAGCGCGGACGCUUUUGUCGUCGUGUUCGCCCGUGGCCGCCGAUCGUGUCACCACCGCUUGAUUGUGCUAAGAGAGAAAGUGGUGCCAAGAGAGCAAAUACGUUCUGCGAGCGAGUACUUACUCGGGGGAAGAAGCCAUGGGGCUCGCGAGGACGGCCGUCUUCGCUUGCUGCCUUCUCUUCCUGGCGGUGGACGCCUUGGGCGAUAAAUGUACAGUCGGCUGCCACGGAUUGCAAGGAGGUAAAGCAUAUCAGGAAGGACACACAUACAUAUACGAUUUAGAAGGAACGUCUGUAUCGACGGUCCCCGAUGCUCAGGAUGACGCUACCUUGAAAUUGAAAGGUACCGUUGAAUUGUCAGUGAAGCCUGACUGCAUUCGGCAGAUCCGAUUGAAGGGCGUACAAAUCAAUGGAGCCCCAAUAUCCCUGCCAGAUGUUGAACAGCACGCGCUGCAAUUCAACUAUCACGAUGGCCACAUUGACACGCAGGUUUGCACCGAAGCUGGCGACUCGCAAGCCUCCCUCAACAUCAAGAGAGCUGUCGCCUCUCUCUUCCAGUCGGCCGUCAUCCAAGAUUCUGGCUCUACAACUCACCACGAGUUCGACGUGUUCGGCGGCUGUCCGACUGACUUUACCUUCCACAAAGACGGCGAGUCAUUGGUCGUUAACAAGGAGAGAAACCUGAUUCGUUGCUCCCACCGCGAGAGCAUCAGGGAAGGACCCGUGUCCGCGAUCUAUGAUUCAAAGUCCGACAUCCAAUCGACCCCGUUGCUGUCGUCCCAUCAGAAGAUCGAGCAACGCUUCAAACGCGGUAUCCUGAACAAGGCGAUCUCGGUCGAGACCUACAAACUAAAACCAUGGAGCAACGGUGACGUCGGAGCCAAGACGGUCGUGCAGACUACCCUGACUCUGAAGGGCGAGAAAGGUGACAGUCCCAGCGCGCCCGUGACUAAACCCAAAUCUCUCAUCUUCGAGGCGUCGCAUCCCAUUAUCAAGUCGUCGGCGGACGCUAUUGCCGCGGCUCUGAAGACUGUCAGUUCCGAGGAGCACGAUGGCGUGAAGCAGGACGCGGCGGAGAAGUUCGCCGAGCUCAUUCGGGUCCUCCGUCGCAGUAGCAAGGACGACAUGCAAGCCGUCUAUCAGAAGGUGAAGGCCGGUGCUGGCUUCGACAAGGUCCUGGACAAAAAGAUCUUGUUAGACGCCCUGUACCGCACCGGAAGCGGCGAGGCCGCCGAGGUGGUUGCCGAUCUACUAAAGAAUCAGGAGCUCUCCAAAACUCAGGCUCUGCUCUUCUACGCGAGUCUCGCUCUCGUCAAUCACGUGCAUUUACCGUCAGUGACCGCCAUCACGUCGCUUCUCGAUCAACCGGAUCUGCCGCGUCUCGGUUACCUCGGAGUUGGCCAAGUGAUCGGAAAAUACUGCCAAGAACACACCUGCGAGAACGUGGCUGAGGUCAAACAAGCCAUUCAGAAGAUUCGUGAAAAGAUCGGCAACGGGAAGGCGAAGACCAGGGAACAGGAAAAUCUGAUAGUCUCGGUCCUGAAAGCGCUGGGCAAUACUCGGUAUCUUGACGACGCAAGUAUACAGAAACUGGCCGGCAUCAGCGAGGACAAAAAUGUCCGCAAUCGCGUCAGGGUUGCCGCGAUCGAGGCUCUACCAGCUCGCUGUUCCAUGAAGUGGAAGACCGUUCUUCUAAAGAUUCUGGCUAAUCGCGAGGAGGACAGCGAAAUCAGGAUAAAAUCUUACCUGUCGCUGGUCGCCUGUAUUUGCCCGCAAGUUGCCAACAGUAUCAAGGAAACGUUGGAUAAGGAGGAAGUCAAUCAAGUUGGAUCCUUUAUUCAGAGUCACUUGCGUAAUCUGCGAGCCUCCGCCGAUCCAAGCAAGGCCGAAGCAAAGAGACAGCUCGGCCAGAUUAAGCCGCGAACCAAAUUCCCGGAAGAUUUCCGCAAGUUCUCCUUCAACAACGAACUAUCGUACAACGUGGGCGGUCUCGGAGUCGGCUCCUCCGCGGAGAGUAACGUCAUCUACAGCCAAGAGAGUUUUGUGCCACGCUCGGUGAAUCUGAAUCUGACUACCGAGAUAUUCGGCAGAUCUUUUAACUUCUUGGAGCUCAACACUCGUAUCGAGAACCUCGACAGAUUGAUCGAGCACUAUUUUGGACCCAAAGGUCAACUAACGCAGGACGAGGUGGAAGACUUAGUGGAUAAAGGAGCGGAUAAGGUUGAGAAUAUUGCACAGUAUAUUAAGACAAAGGUCGACAAGUUGCGUCGUAAGCGUGAGAUAAAGCAGGGAGAACUCGACAAAUUUGCUAAAGCUGUCAAGUUACGAGACAACGAGGUGGACCAGCAAUUUGAUUUAGAUCUAUCCGUUAAAUUGUUUGGUGUCGAACUAGCCUACUUAACUUAUAACGGAAAUCCCACGCAAUUGUCUUUGGAGAAUAUCAUCGAUAAGAUAUUCGACAACGUCGAGAAAGGAUUUGACAAAGCGAAGAAAUUCGAUUUGAACUUGCAGAAUCGCUUACAGUUCCUGGACGCGGAGGUCAUCUAUCCGACUAAUCUCGGUACGGCGCUCUCUUUGAGCGUGCUCGGCACCAGCGUGGUCCAUUUGAAGACAUAUGGCAAAUUGGAUAUUCCGGCAAUCCUGAAGGACCCGAAAACCGCUGAUGUGCGCAUCGGUUUGGAGCCUGGCGCCUCCAUUCGGAUCGCUGGCAGCUUGGCUGUCAAAGGAUUCGAUGUGGAGUCUGGCAUAAAGCUUGUCACUACGAUGCACACCGACACGGCGAACGAUCUGACAGUGAAGCUAUUGGACGGCAAAGGUAUUGACAUAAGCCUCAGCUCGCCGAAGAAAAAGGAGGAGAUCAUAAGCGUGAGCAGCGAGAUCCUGCUGAGCAGCGGAUCGCAAGGCGAAUCAUACAAGCCUGCCAAAUUCGGCAAGGGCAAGGUAUACAAAGACUGCUUCGAACAAUUCUCCAGCGCUUUAGGCGUAACAGUUUGCGGACACCUAGAAUUCCCGUAUGAUGGCAUCGAGUCGGUGAACAAGAGAGCCUUUUUCCCUCUGAACGGACCGUCCAAGUAUGGCAUUAGCGUUGAGAAUAACGAUCUGUCAAGUGUACAUCUCAGAGUACAUUACGACAAAACACCCAGCACCCGAUCGUUUGAAAUUCUGUUAGACACGCCCAAUAGCAAAAGUAACAGACGUGUAUCUCUGAUUGGCGAAGUCAUUCUCGAGCCCGAUAAGGUUGCCAAACUAUCACUUGAUUCUCCCAUCAAGAAAGCUUCCGCUGAGGCAAUAUUGAAGUGCAAUUCUCAGGAACAUACGCUCACAGUCAAGGCGCACAACGAUAACCACGAGUACUUUGGGCGCGCCGGCAUCUUGGCCGAUGGUUCCAAAUACAAGCCCAUAUUGGAGUACAAAGUGCCGGAGCAUAUCGAAAAGCUGGCGGGAGGCAAGUCCGAAAAGACUCGCGGCAGUGGUCAACAAUACAAUGUUCAGGGUACCGUGGAACUGAUUGAUGAAAAUAACGUGAAGAAAUACGUGUUUAACAAGGUAGCCCUAGUCGCGGAUGGCCAGAAUCUCGUCGGUCUCGACGGAUAUCUUAAAGGAGGCAAGAACGAGUUUGAUCUAGAUUUAAAAACAAGUUAUGGUGACGAUUCUAUAGACUUGAAGUCACAUGGAAAAAAGCUGGGAGAACAUCACUACUCGGUCGGCCUAUCGGCGUUGCCAUCUAGAGAUCCCAAUAUAGGUUUCAACAUCGAUUGGGACAUUCGUAAGAGUGACGAAGAGUUCGAGAACAAUCUGGUCUUUGUUCAUGGCCCGGAUCUAAAAUCCAAAGUUGCGCGUUUCACUCUUAAGCAGCACGUAAUCAACAAAUUGAAGCAAGGAAACCCGAACUUCUUCUUGAGCGUAUCUAACAAAAUCUCGUAUCCCGCAACGCAGUUGAAACUGAAUCUCGAAGGCAAAUUUACGCCCAAUUCCAUCGACGGCGAUGUCGAGAUCGCGCAUGACAAAUUCAAGUUCGGCUCGGACCUGAAAGCCAAGUGGAAUAUGGUUAAGCCGGGCGACUAUGACAUCGGAUUCGAGGCCAACCUGUUGCAGAACAACAUCAAACUGAAAUCCAAACGUACCAUCAUCGAUCCGCACAAGAGCAAGUAUCAGAACAAGAUCGAGCUAACGCCGGGCGGCAAGUUCGAAGCUGAUGCCUUAGUAACGUACAACAAGGACGCCAAUAAGCUGAAUACGGAGGUGGACGGUGACCUGGAUCUGAACGGCAAGAAAGUCAAGGUUUUCGGUAGUCUGAACGCCGAGCGUCCCUGCAACAUCCAGUCCCGAGCAUACGUCACCGUUAACGACAUCAAGUAUGUCGACCUAGUGCUCAAGCUGCUGAAGCAGGGCGCGUAUCCGCAAGGUAACUUGUCCCUAAACGUCAAAAACUAUCUGAACGUCGCGGGACAGAUCACGUCGCAAAACGAAAAGGGUAACGCGCAACUCAACAUCGAUCUGCCCAAGCUUAAUCGAAAGAUCAAGGGAACCGGCGAGUUCUUGAUAAGCGGCUCGCAGCACAAUGCUGAAAUCGAGCUUCUCUUCGACGCGGAGAAAGACCCGAGCAAGCGUAUCAAGCUGUCCACCGUGAACGAUUUGAAGAAGAACGCCGUCGAUUCGAAGAACGUGAUUCAGGUGUUGGAUCACAAGCUCGAGGUGAACGGCAAGGGCAAACUGGAUGGAACAAUCAACGAGGGCGAGUUGGUUGUCGACGCGGACAUCACUUUGCCGAACGGUCGUUAUCUAGUUUGGAAAUGUAAGCGCACGUCCGCCAAGAAGAACGACAAGUACGACAUUCACGUAAACGCCGAGUUGGAAGACCACGAGACUAAGGGCGGAAAAUCGCGGAAAAUCAUAUACGUCGCCGACGCCACCGACGUCGACUACAAGACAUCCACUUUCCGGGUGAACGGACAAGUGACGGGCGUCGAUGUAGACGGCAAUAAAGUGCAGUCCGAUCUCAAUGUAAAGAAUCUCGCCCGUGUAGAGGGUUAUAAGAAACUGUACGAGAUCAUUCUGACCAUAUCAAGUACACAUUUCGAUAAAGGGCCGUUUAAUUUGCAAUAUAAGACUGGCGAACGCGAUAAUGGUGAGCUGACAUAUGAAGUUGCUUCCUCCUUAGGCAAGAACAUCCAGGUGAAGAAUUCUGGAACAUACGUUCACGGUAACCACGUCGAUCAGCCUUGCACGAUCAGCGGCAAUGCGGAGCUGGUAUUACCGUUCCAAGAGCUGCACCACGUCAAUCUCGACUACAAGAACAGCUUGCUAGCCGGAGAAAGCAAGUUCGACCUGGAGGGAUCAACAACGCUCACUUAUAAUAAAGACAAAACGAUCAAAGUCGAAGGUGUCUUUAAGACAUCCGGAAUCAGUGAUGGCGAACAUCUUUACGAGAGCGAUCUCAAGCUCGAUCUGACGGUUCUCAAGAUACCGCCUAUUACUCUCCGAGAUCAGUUUAAGUUGGUACCUGACAACGACAAAGUGACGAUCACUACCAACACGAUUGUUACAUACGAUCAGAAAGAAUUGACCCUCGCGAUCGACUCUCUCACGUACGAUCGGGAUCACACGCGUCUCGAUGUAAAGGCCAAGGCUACCACCCCGUACGAGAAGCUGCGUCACAUCGAUUUUGAAAUCAAGCACGAGAGAGAAAAGGACGCGCACGUAAGGAAGACCGAUGUGACCGUCACCGCCGAUGGUACAAAGUACACAGCCAAGAGCGAAAUUCGAGACGGCAACGUCUCUCCGAUUAUCCAUAUAGUUCUCACUUGUCCAAAGGGAAAGACUGAAUUACUCUCGAAAUUCGAGAAGCUCGGCGACCGAGAAUACACGGGUGAAUGGAAAGUCGAGACACCAUACGGCUUCGCCGUCGCCGACGCGCACGUCAACCUAGAGAGCAUUGACAAUUUCGUCAUCAACGUUAAUCUGGACAGCGACAAGCUCAAGCAUCGUAAAAUUCACGCCGAGAUAGCUAACAGUCCCACCGCCAAGACCGGCAGGAAAAUAAUUAUCACCGUCACCAGCGACGGCAAGAACAUCGUCACAGGAAGUACAAACUACAAGAGACGCGACGAGGGUGGCAAGACAAUCGUCGAAGGAAACGGCAACCUGAAGAUAGGGGAGAACACGAGGAGCUCGUCCUUCAAGUAUACUCGCCAGCAAUUGACUCGCGAGAAGGACGGCGAGGUCGGCGUGAUAAUCGUUUUGAACGCCAAGUUCGAUCCGGCGGCUAUCGUGGGCGAGCUGAAGCUCUCGAAUAAGGAGAUCCUCGUCUCGAACAGCUACUGCGAGCAGAGCAAGGAGUGCGCUCAUUUCAAGCUUCAAUCGAGCUACGACACUGAUCAAAAGACUUACUUGAAUCAUCAGAUAACAGUGGACGUGGAUCUAAAGAAAUUUAAUGUACCGGCUGAAUUUGGAUUAAAGACGAGCACCGAGAUCAAAGAGGCUAAGUUUGAUCAUUCAGCUAACUUGUAUUUGCACUCGUCCAAGGACAAAUCCCAGUAUUCAUAUCAAGUUUACGUUCAUCCCAAGGAUAGCGCUGUCAUUUUGACUUUGCCCAAUCGCGAACUGGCCGUCAUCGGCACUCUCGACUUGCCGAAGUCGAAGCAAAGCGGGUCGUACAAGGUCGACGUGUCCGUUUACUUGGACAGAAAGAACAAACCAUCCGAGAAGACCGGCUUAGUCGCUGCCGGAGACAUUAAUAUCGGGAAGGACACCGGAUCCGUCAGCGGAGAAGUUAAAUUCAUUUAUCCGUCUCAACCCAAGGAUAUUGCGGUAAAAGGUAGACUUCACUAUGGCGGCCAACACCUGCUGGACGCGAAUGUGGAUAUCGAUGUCUUCGCGAAGAAAACGCAAAAGAUCAGCGUAGUGGCAAAACUGAUCCAAGAAAAUCUCGAGAAGGGUGCCAAUCUCACUAGCUUGAUCGAAGUGAACAGCCGUGGCCAGCAGCUCAAGGUCGAUCUGAAGUCGCAUGCAUUAUUGGCGGAACGUUCGAUCGGUUUUGGUAGCAUAUUGACUUACACGGACUCGCAUCAGAAAUUGAAGAACGUAGGCGUCCUGUUCUCCGCGGAUCCUAAGAAGCUGUAUCUCCUCGUGACUGCGCCCAAUAAAGAGCUCCUUAAAGUUGACGCAAAGCUGCAAUUAGAGAAGAAUCUGCAGAAACUUGACGCCGAGGUCACGAUUGUCGACAAUAGUCCCAUUGUAGUUAAUGCAGAAGCGAAUAAUUGGAACAGCUUCAAGUAUCUGGAGUAUCAACAAGAUAACCCCAACACGAAGAUCAACGUUAACGGACGCGUUGUCCUCGGUCAAUUGGCGGAAAUUCACGCAGAUGCGUACAAGGAGGGAGUAAAGAAGCAUCUGUUCCAUGUUCUGGUCCAGCUUGAUGAGGAGAAGUUCCUGAAACCUGAUUUCGGUUACAACAAGGACAAUGUCGUCUACACAAUUGACCAUUAUCGAAGCCGAGCCAUCUUGCACCUGAAGCAGCUAAAAGACGCCUCCAUCGAGAUAAUCAAGGAGUUGGAACAAGAAGUGAAAAAUCUUUUGGAACAUCUGAAGAAGGCUCAGCCAAAUAUCAAGCCACUCUUGGAUUACUAUGAGACUGAAUUGAACAAGUUGAAGAACGAGCUUCACGCCGACCAAACUAUCAAAGAUAUACAGGCUACUUUGAACAAGCACUUAGGAGCUAUCAUCACCGCCGUGACGGAUACCUUGAAGCAGGUAACCGCACGAUUGAACGAACUCCAGAAAGAAUACAACGAGAUACUCUCCAAACUUCAGGAAGCAUGGAAUAAGGUUUACCCUCAAUUGAGAGAAUCCUACGAAAAGGUAGUCAAAGCGUACAUCAGCAUUCUUGAUACCCUGGCCAAUGUCGUCAUAGCUUACCUCAAGGCAGUGCUCACUCUGAUCAAUGAGCAUCAAAAGGAAUUAAAGGAACUAGCAAUCGUGGCUUCUGAGAUUGCUCAGGACAUCGCCAAGAUCAUAUUCAAGACCGUUGGUCAGAUCAGGAAUGAUGUCGACGAGUUUGCCGACCUUCUGCUGAAUCAACUCAAGGCGUUACCGAUCUACGAGACCGUCAAGGCAUAUUAUACGCAACUUAUAAACUUCCAAGUACCCGACGGCGUAAUAGCGUCCCUUAACGAGCUCAGCGAAAUCAUAAAAUCCAUGCUGCCGACCGAGGAACUACGACAGCUCUUCAGCACUACUUAUGAAUACAUCAUAAAACACGUGAAACACGAGAAGGUCGAUGACGCAAACGAGAUCAAGAAGAUCUACCAGCGUACGCUCGACGCUACCGCGUCUCUCCUUAAGCUUCUGGAAUAUAAUGACGUCUUGGAGCAACUGGCGAAUAAUUUGUUCGAUGUUAAUGUGCCCGUUCAGUUUGAUACGUUGACGAAGUUGCCAGUGAUCACUUCGGUGAAAGUAUCCCUCAUUAACCUGAUACGCAACAAAGAACUCCCAUCCCUUGCGGAUCUCUACUACACCUACAGGCCCACUUUGCUGCUCUCUGACGUCGUGCCGCCCUUCAGCAAGGUCGGUAUCGUUGUCGAUGGGGGACAUUUCUUUACCUUCGACGGCAAUCACUUCGGCGUAGCCGGCGAGUGUACAUACAUCCUGGCCCAAGAUAUGCAGGACGGUAAUUUCUCGGUCGUCGCCAACUUCAACAAAGGCAACCUUAUUAGCGUGACCGUUACGGAACCUAAAGAGAGCAUCACGCUCAAGAACAAUGGCAACAUUCUGGUGAAUAACAAGCCGGCCGAUUUCCCGGCCAGCACGAAGAAUUUGCACGCGUUCCUCGUCACCCCGACUGCACACAUCAAGUCCGACUACGGGGUGCACGUCACAUGCAGCUACAAACUACCUUUGGUGUGCACAAUCCGCGUGUCCGGCUUUUAUCACGGAAAAUUACGCGGUCUUCUCGGUGACGGCAACAACGAGCAGUAUGACGAUUACACGUUGCCCUCCGGAAAGAUUACCGAGAGCGAGACUGAAUUUGCCAACGGAUACAAAUUGAAGCCCGAUUGCCCGGCUGUAAACGCGAUCGAUCACAAGACCCACCAACGUAAUCCAGUCUGUACCGAGUACUUCACCAGCGAGAAGUCUACAUUGAAAAAGUGCUUCAACUACGUUAAACCGGCUCAUUACCGAGACGCUUGCGACUUUGCUGCUAACGGAAAUCCGCAAGCUCCUUGCUUGCUCGCCGCCGCUUACUACUCCGCCUGCUAUUAUAAGCGUGUUUACGGAAUAAGCAUCCCGCCGGCUUGCACAAGUUGUAAGGUAGGCGAAAACGCAAUCUCUGUGGGUGACAGCUUCAGCAUCAAGACCCCGAAGAACCAAGCUGAUAUUGUUUUCAUAAUCGAACAAAUCGCACAGAACGAAAAGGUCUUCAAAGAUCUGCUACCAACAUUGAUGACCGAUCUGAGGGAGGAAUUAAAACAACAAGGCAUAACGGACGUCCACAUCGGUUUAAUCGGUUACGGCGAGCACAUGAAGUGGCCGCAACACUACACUUCCGGCGGCAACCUUAACAUCGAGGGCGACGUGAAGAAUAUAAAAUUCGAGAAGUUGGAUCCGCUUAUCACUUUCGAGGAGGCCAAGGCAGGCAACUUCGAGAAGCGCAUGCAGUAUCUCGAGCAGAGGCUGGACAUGGAAUUCGGUACCUUCAAGCUGACAGGCGCUUACGAGGAGGGCAUCAAUUAUCCGUUCAGACCCGGCGCGGUCAAGGCUGUCGUCGCAAUUAUCGCCACCCCGUGCGAGAAGAGUCCGUUGCCUCUGUCGCUGCAACAAUUGAGACUUAUAGUCGGGGAGAAGAUAUACCGAGACUUGGGUCUGACUUACUAUCAAGUGUACUACCCGGGUGAGAUCCAAGUAUCCGGUAAACCGCAGAAGAACAUCGUCGGUUACGACAGUGACAACGUCUACGUAUUCGCCGACAGCAAGAAGAAACCCCUGAGCGGAAACAGCGAGCUCAGAAACAACCUGAUCUUCCCUACCAUCGACGUGUGCGCCGAUUUUGCUGUCGCGUCUGGCGGAGCGGCGUUCAUUUCCAACAACCUGGUGGAUGGUAAACCGAAUCAGAAGAGACAGUUCGCCCAGGUCGCUGCCAGAAGAAUCGCCGAGGGUCUCGUGAGCGUCGAAAUGGAAAAGGAUUGCACAUGCGAGCAAGUCCAUGGACUUACCGGACGUUCUUUUUGUAAGAUCGUAGAACGCAAGGAGAAUGAACAAGCGAAACACACGAAGGCUGGAGUAAAGGGUUAAAAAGAAGCCACAGUACUGCGCAUAUUAUAAUUACUAAUUAAGUAGAUUUAAUGUAUUUGUUACACUAUCGUAAAAGCCUCCUUUGAUAAAUGAUUUUAUUAAUCUGCGGAGUAUGCAGAUAUUUUUUAUAGCGAAAAGAAGAAAUCGCGGAUACAAGACUCGAAUUGUGCCUUAUUAUGACAAUAGUUCUUUUUUUUAACGUAACAUAAAAUAUUAAUUACGUGCGUAAAUUAGUGCAAAUGCGAUAAAUUAAUAUAUUUACUAUUUAUCGACUUACAACCAGAUCGAUGUUUUAUAGAGAAAUAAACAUUGAACAUACUUAAAGAAAAAAAACUCCGGCAGUGCCUCGUAUUUCAGUUAGCAAUAAAUUUUCGUAUAUAAGAAUUCGCGUUUACGGGAAAGAAAAUAUAGAACACAUUUAUAUCACAUGCGUACAUAAUUCCAGGAAAAGCUAUAUUGAUUAUCUUGAAGAAUCUAUAUCUUCGCGUCAUUAUCUGACCUCGACAUCGAGCGUUAAAAAAAUAUCGAUUCUAUCGUGGGAUAAGAUAUUUAAACUUCGGAAGGAGAGGUAUGCCGUGAUUUUUUUUAUAUAUUUGUGUAAAAAAGCAACACGCAUUUUCAGUUUACCUGGCACGAUUUGUCCUCAUAUAAUAUUCUAAAAAUAUAGAAUUAAUUGUUUGAAUCGCGUCUCAUUAUCGAUUAAAUGAAUUCCACAUUCUUCAAAGUUGCAUAAUAAAACAAGACGUUAUAGAUGUUGUAGACGAUACUUGAUUUUUCAUUAAUGUGAAAAGACUAAGACUCGCAUUCUGACAAUUCCCUCUCUUUUCUUUCUUUAUAAAAAAAAUGCAAUAAUAUUCUUAAUUAUAAUACAUUGUAGAAAAAAAUUAUUCCUAUUUUUUUUCUUUUCUUAAUAUGUCUCCCGAGAAAAAAAGAAGUUAGAGGCCUUAUGCAAAGUUAAACAUACUUACAUUCGACAGUCAAAACGCUUAAGCAAAUUAUGACACGUGAAAACGCAAUUCAAUUGCGAUUGAGGGGAUGUGACUUGAUGCGUGUCGUCGAAUUAACUGUAAAUAUACCAGAUCUGUAAUAUUAUUGAUACUAAAUGUAGAGAAAAUGUGUCCUGCGUGAUCUUGAUUGUAAAUGGUAGAUUCUCCAAUCAAUUUGUAGUUUCGAUUUUUUUCAUUAGCAAUAAUGUCGAAAUACGAAGAGAGCAGCGACUUUCCAAUUUUUCGACAUUACGUUUAUCUUUUUAUUUAGCCAAAUUAUCGAGGAUUAGACAUUUUAUUAAUGUAAAAUCUACUUGAAGUUAAAUAAAAAUAUUUAAAAAA